AUGUUUAAAAGAAAGACUACAAAAUAUCUUGAUGAACUUGAAUCAUCUGUAAAAAAGUUAUGUGAGAUCGUACAUGAUGAAAAAGAAUAUGUAUUUGAUAAAGGAAAUAUGACUGAAGCAGAAAGAAUUAUAAUUGAAGAAGAAAUCAAUGAUACUUUUCAGAUUGUUAGACAUGAAUUUCAACCAGAUUUUGAUAAAAGAAUUGAACAAGAAUCUUUUAAAUGUUUAAAAAGAAGUUAUCCAUUUAAUUUUUGCAAGACAUUUAAAAGACAAAAAGUUGAUCCAAAAGUUAUUGUGUUGACAGGAACAAUUGGAGUUGGAAAGACAACAUUUGGAGAAAAAUUUGCAAGAUAUCUAGAAGAUGAAGGAUUUAGAGUAUACCGACCUAUUGAAACAUCAUUAAAAAUAAAACGUGAAUUAGAUUUAUUCUAUAAAGAUGUUGAGAAUCGUGCUUUGUUUUUUCAACAUGUAAUCUUAGAAACUUACAGAGAAGAAGUAGAAAAAAUAAAUCGAUUAACUGACUAUUUACAAGAAAAAAGAUCAGAAAUAAAUCUUAAAAAUAUUCAUAAGGUUAUUUAUAUUAAACCAAGAAUUGAAAAUAUGCUAAAACGACAAGAGAUAAGAAAUCAACAAGGAGAGACUACAGAUGUAGAAUAUUUAACCAAGUUGUAUCAAGAAUAUGAUUCUAGAAUUAUGAAAAUGUAUCCUGAACAUAUCAAGUUCGAGAACAAUUGUUCUAAUGAAGAGGAUCAUAAACCAGCUGAUUGUUGUUUCAAAGAAUAUAAUUCAAUAUUCAAACUCACUAAAGAUAAAAAAUAUGUAUGGAUAAAACUUAAAGAUAAGGCAGAAAAAAGAGAACUAAUGCGAGAUAAAGAUGGAAAUUAUUAUUAUAAAGAAGUUAAUUUAAAUGUUUAUAUUUACAAAUGUGAUCUUGUUAGA